UGCUUUCGGAAAUAACAUAUCCUGUCUUUAAAUAACUCCAUACGAGCCUUCUACUCAGCUCGUUGUAUCGGACAGACCGUCCCAGGAGCUGACCCUCUAAACAUGGGCUGCUGGAAGCUCUGCGUCUUGGUCCUGCUGCCCCUUCUCAGCUGUGCUUUGGCCAAUGAGGAAGCCGAAUUGAUUAAAAAGAUAUUCUCUAAUUACGAUGAAAAGACGCGACCCGUCAGAUCCAUCAAAGACAUCAUCAAAGUCCAACUCAAGCUCACCCUGACCAAUCUCAUCUCCCUGAAUGAGAAGGAAGAGAUGAUGACGACCAAUGUGUGGCUGCAGCUGGUAUGGGAUGACUAUCGCCUGACGUGGAACAGUUCAGAAUAUGGUGGCAUCGAGGUGUUACGAGUCCGACCUGACAUGGUGUGGCUGCCUGAAAUCGUAAUGGAGAACAACAUUGAUGGGCAGUUUGAAGUUGCGUACUACGCCAAUGUUCUAGUCAAAUACGAUGGGUCUAUGUCCUGGCUGCCCCCAGCCAUUUUCAGGAGCACGUGUAGCAUUGAGGUCACCUACUUCCCCUUCGACUGGCAGAACUGCACCCUGGUGUUCAGGUCUCAAACUUACAACGCCAAAGAGGUGGACCUGCAGCUGGCGGAUGGCGACGGUGGGAAACCACUGGAGCGGGUCGAUAUAGAUCCUGAGGCCUUCACAGAAAACGGGGAAUGGGCAAUCAAACAUUGUCCAGCCUGGAAGUAUGUAAACCCCAGCUACACAGAAGAUGACCUCCAGUACCAGCAGAUCAUCUUUGGUCUGAUCAUCCAGAGGAAGCCUCUUUUUUACAUCGUCAACAUCAUUGUGCCAUGUGUCCUCAUCUCCUCCCUCGUGGUGCUCGUCUACUUUUUGCCGGCCAAAGCUGGAGGUCAGAAGUGCACACUGUCCAUCAACGUCCUCCUGGCCCAGACCGUCUUUCUGUUCCUCAUCGCUCAGAAGGUCCCGGAAACUUCCCUGAGUGUCCCACUGAUCGGAAAGUACUUGAUCUUUGUGAUGACUGUGUCCACCAUCAUCGUCCUCAGCUGCGUCAUUGUCCUCAACGUAUCGCUACGGACGCCGAGCACCCACAACCUGACCGUGGCCAUGAAACACAGGCUCCUGGAGGUGUUACCUCGCUACCUGCAGAUGAAGAUCGAGCCCUGCGAGGGAGAGGAGGAGACCCCGCGGGAGAGGAGGAAGAGCUCCCUGGGCAUAAUGCUGAAGGCUGAGGAGUAUGUCCUGAGGAAGCCGCGGAGCGAGCUGAUGUUUGAGCGGCAGAGGGAGCGGCACGGGAUGAGCCGGGACGACCGGGGCCACAGAGGUGAAGAGAAGGGAUCCAAAGCCAGGAGGGGGCAGUGGAGGUGGCAGAUAGUGGGCGGCUUUGAUGUUGGCGUAACCACCCCGCUGUUCAAGAACCUGGCGCACUGCGCCCCGGAGAUAAAGGAGUGUGUGGAGGCGUGCAACUUCAUCGCCACAAGCACCAAAGACCAGAACAAGAGCGGAGCGGAGAUGGAGAACUGGGUGAUGAUCGGGAAGGUGCUGGACGUCCUGUGCUUCUGGGGGGCGCUCCCCCUCUUUGGGGUGGGGACCUUGGCCAUCUUUUUCAUGGGACAUUUCAACAGUGCUCCGGAGCAUCCCUUCCUGAGUGGAGAUCACGUCUUCCCCCCGUGCUCCACCACCGCAGGCUGACGACGGUUCCAUCCCUGGUCCAGUAAUAAACCAGAAUCUGGCAG